CUCAAAUGAUUUUCUGUGUAGUGGACGACAAAAAAAUAUCCAAUAAGAUUAAAUUAUAAUCAAAUUUCUUACAUAAAUUUAUUAAAAUCAUCAAAUAUAACAUUUGUUAAAUGUAAAUAACAAUUUGCAUUGUUGAAUUUUAUCCAAAAACAUAGUCAAUUUAUCAAUUGAAAAAAAAUCUUGUCGGUUCUCCUCAAUUCGGUAUUUUUUUCAGUCGUGACGUUUCCUCCCCUUUUUUUUCUGAUUUCGUUGUAUUUUUUUUUCUUGUUCACCGUUUUUCAGAGGAGAUUUCUUUCAUUUUUUGCAACAACAAAGAAGAAGCGCUCAUCAAAAAAAAAAAAAAAAUUGAUGGUGCCAUUCGGGAGCCUCUAUUAAUCAUCUCUUUCAAUUAUUUUUGAACAAUAAAUUCUUUUGAAAAUAUUUUUGUUUAAUCAUAAAGUGAAGAAAUCACACAAUUUUCUGUGUGGUUAUCAUUAUCAACACGAAAAAAACGAAGACACAGAUUGUUGAUUUUGUCUUGAUCUUUUUUUUUGUGUGAAGAAGAACGCAAAGCGAACGUGGGUCUCUUUUUUGGGUGGUGGUAUAUUCAAUUUAAUCGAGUCGACAAGUUCUAUGUUGCCAACAAAAUUUGCGAUUAGCAAAACCGUACAGGAACUAACAAAAUGGUUCCAUUGAAAGACAACAUCGAUUUGGAGUGUUUUUUGGUAACAAAACACUCGUGGAAAGGCAAAUACAAACGUAUUUUGUCCAUUGGAACUGCUGGUGUCUCCACUUACAAUCCGGACAAGUUUGAUUUGACCAAUCGUUGGUCAUAUUCUGAUAUUGUUGCUGCAGUUCCCAAUAAAGCAUCAAGUAUACCCAAUGAAUUUGUGUUGACAAUAAAGAAAGAUAAAAAGCUUGACACAAUUAAACUAUCAUCAGAAUAUAGGAAUGAUAUUUUGAGUUCAAUAUUGAAAAAUUACAAGGAAUUUGCUGAAAAGCCAAAAAAUGUUCAAAGAUUCCAAGCAUACAAGUAUCAUUGGUCAGGUAUUAGUUUGCCGGCAAUGUUGGAAGUUACGCCAUGUUCGUUGGAUCAAUUGGACCCAACGACCAAUGAAGUAUUGGCAAGCUAUAUGUACAAAGACAUUGAGGGAAUCAUAGCAGGCAUACAGGACUAUGAGGGCGGCAUUGUUAUGGCCUAUGGUGGCUUUUCACGUUUACAUCUAUUCAAAGCUUUAAAUCAUCAUGAAAUUGUUCAAAAUAUUGCCCAAAGAUCAGCACAAUUUUUGGGUAUCGAUACGAAAAUAUUAAAAAGUCAAAUAACUUUGGAACAAUUUGAACGACAAAGAUUUGGAAAAUAUAGUGGAGAUCAAUUCCAGACAUCAAUGACUGAAUUUACAGUUCAAAAAGUUACUCCACGCCAUCCAGAACCAGUGAAACGAAUCUUAUGUUUAACAGAGACUACAAUACUUGAACGUGAUCCACAGACUUAUAGUGUCUGCACCCUCCGACCACUUGUUGAUGUAUUCGCCCUAAUCCGAGACAAAGACAAUAUUCAACAAUUCUGUAUCGAGUAUAAAAAUGGCGUUGUCCGCAAAUAUAUCACAAACGAUAGAGACUCCUUGCUAGCCACAGUAUUGGAUGCGGUCCGUUCGAGUGGUAAUCAAGAUGUACACGUUCGUAUUACAAACACUCCGCGAGGCAAGCGUUUUGUUCCCCUCAAUAGUUGUGUAGAUGAAGAGACUGAAGCGAAUCUCCUUCGUUUAGUGAUAAAUAAUUUCCAAAAUCCCUCACGUAGAUAUGAGAUUUUGGAGAAAUUCAACGCCAACAUUCCUCAUAGUGGUCUGAAGUAUAGUGUCACACAAGACAGUUUAUUUGCAGAAAACAAGGAGAAACUGAUUCUAAGUGCUUUGCAGGCUUUAGCACAAAAAGAAUUAGACAAUCCAACAGCUCAACUAACGAAUUUGGAAUUAGAAGCUAUAUUCCAUGCUUUGACAAGACUUCUGGCAAGCAAAGUUGGUUAUGCUGCAUUCACAAACCUUGCGGGCUUCCGAGAAAUAAUUGGCACAAAAAUUGUGGCAUCAUUGCGUCGCAAGGACUUGGCUGUCACUUAUUCAGCCAUCGAUAUGAUAAACUCACUGAUGCAUUCAAUGAAUGCUGAUCAUGACUUGAAGCAGGAACAAAUGAAUAAAUCAUCGAUUCUCUCGUCUAAGGGUUUUCUUGAGACUUUAUUAAAUAUGUGGACUAAUCAUGUCAGUCAUGGAAGCGGUGCUCUUGUCUUGUCGGCGAUGUUGGAUUUUCUUACUUUUGCUUUGUGCGUACCAUACAGCGAAACAACUGAUGGCAAACAGUUUGAUAUGCUUCUAGAGUUGGUUGCCGAACGGGGAAGGUAUUUAUACAAACUAUUCCAACAUCCAUCUUUGGCAAUUGUCAAAGGAGCUGGAUUGGUAUUGCGUGCCAUCAUCGAGGAAGGAGAAGUACCAGUUGCCAAGCAAAUGCAAACUCUUGCCUUGGAUGAGGCAGCAUUGUGUCGUCACUUAUUGGUGGCUUUGUAUACACCAUCUAAUGAUCCCACCUUGGCUACUCAUCGACAGUUGUCUCGUCAUCUAAUUGGAUUGUGGAUAACUGAUAAUGAUGAGGCAAUGGAGUUGUUUAAGAGAGUAUUUCCUGCUGGUUUAUUAAUGUUUCUUGAAAGUGAAGAUGCAGUUCCACAGACUGAUGUUGAAGAAGAUAAAUUAAAUUUUCGUGAUAAUCUCAAAUUUGCAAUUCAACAUUCCAAUAAAACUAAGAAAAAUGUGAUUGGAAAGCAUUUAGAGGGUAUUAAGCAUUGGGGAUUAAAUCUGCUCGAUCAUCAAGAGAAUCAUGCACAAGCUUUAAAAAAUCGCCCAGUUGUGUUGCGUAAUCGUAGACAGAAAAAGAAAACUGGAGAUUCUAUUGUUAAUUUGCCUUAUUUCUUUUAUAAUUUUGCUAGAGAUCAUAGUUUACCAAAUUUAAUUUGGAAUCAUAAGACAAGAGAAGAACUGAGAAUGUGUUUGGAGAAUGAAUUAAGACAAUUUAUAAAUGAUCGUGAUUUAGCUGGAACUUUGAUUGUUGCAUGGAAUUAUCAAGAAUUUGAAGUUCAAUAUCAGUGUUUGGCAGAUGAAAUACAAAUUGGAGAUUAUUAUAUUCGAUUAAUUUUGGAAAAAGACGAUUGGCCACAGAAUCUUGUUAAAGAUCCAGUGGAAUUAUUCAAUGCUCUCUAUCGUCGAGUUCUGUGUCGUAAUCGCGUCAAUGAUGAUCAGUUAACAGUAACAUCACUACAGGCAUUGGCUAAAGUGUACAAACGUUAUCACCAAGAAAUUGGAAAAUUCAGUGACAUGACAUACAUUUUGCAACUCAUUGACAGGUGUUUAUCACCAUCCUUACGGGACGCUCUCAUCGGCUUAGUAUCAUGUUUGGUAUUGGAAAAAUCAAAUUGUCGUGCACUUGUUGACCAUGUGCAAUGCCUUGUCGAUUUAAUAACUUUGGCUCAUCUGCACAAAGGACGAGCCCAACCUAAUACAAAAACCAAUGUCAUUGAGGCUGGUCCCAAUAUGCAUGCGUAUGAAGAAAAAGAUUGGUAUUAUAAUAUUGAAAAAGAUGGCAUGAAACCUGAACGUCAAGGGCCAAUCACAUAUUCAGAAUUGAAAGAACUCUGGAUUAAAGGUGGAAUUACACCAAAAACCCGUUGUUGGGCUAUUGGUAUGGAUGGAUGGCGUUCACUUCAACAAAUUCCUCAACUCAAAUGGUGCCUUAUCGCUAAAGGAAGUCCAAUCCUUAACGAAACCGAAUUGGCCUCAACUGUACUUGAUGUCUUAAUCAAAUGUACUAGUUUCUUCCCAAGUCGAACACAAAAUGGAGCUGCUGUUCUUAUUCCUGGUCCUAAACUAUCGAGGAAACUAUCUGAAUUUAUAUGUUUACCGCACAUAGUGCAGGUUUGUUUGACUCAUGAUCCUGGACUUCUGGAGAGAGUUGCUACUUUACUUUGUCAAAUUAUGGAAGACAACCCAGAGAUGCCAAAGGUCUAUCUAACUGGUGUAUUUUACUUUAUGUUGAUGUACACUGGAAGCAAUAUUCUUCCCAUAACCAAGUUCCUUAAAAUGACUCACAUGAAACAAGGCUUCCGAAGUGAAGAGACUUCACAAUCUGGAAUAAUGCACCGCAGCAUUCUUGGUCAGCUUCUUCCCGAAGCAAUGGUCUGUUUCCUGGAAAACUAUAGCGCUGAAAAGUUUGCUGAAAUAUUCCUCGGUGAAUUCGAUACACCCGAAGUAAUUUGGAGCUCAGAAAUGCGACGUUUGUUAAUUGAAAAAAUCUCGGCACACAUUGCAGACUUUACACCUCGACUAAGAGGCCACACAAUGGCUAGAUAUCCUUACUUAGCAAUCCCAGUUAUAAGCUAUCCCCAGCUAGAGAAUGAACUCUUUUGUCAUAUUUACUAUUUAAGACAUUUAUGUGACAUACAAAAGUUCCCUAAUUGGCCAAUUUCAGACCCAGUGCAAUUGUUGAAGCAUACGUUAGAUGCAUGGCGGAAGGAAGUGGAAAAGAAACCACCACAAAUGACAAUUCAACAGGCUUAUGCCGAUUUGGGAAUUGAUGUGACAAAGAAUGCUAGACCAGACGAGUCUUUGAUUAGAAAGAGCUAUUACCGCUUGGCUCAGAUGUAUCAUCCGGAUAAGAAUCCCAAUGGAAGAGAAAUCUUUGAAAAAGUCAAUCAAGCUUAUGAAUUCUUAUGCUCUCGUUCAGUAUUGAGUAGUGGUGGGCCAGAUCCCAAGAAUAUUGUGCUAAUUCUGAGAACUCAGAGUAUACUUUUUGAUAGAUACCCAGAUGUGCUGAGACCUUACAAGUAUGCUGGCUAUCCCCAACUAAUCAAGACAAUCCGUCUAGAAACCAAGGAUGAUCAGUUAUUCUCGAAGGAAUGCGAAUUGCUAACAGCUUCAUCAGAACUCUGCUAUCAUACAGUUCAUUGCUCUGCUUUGAAUGCCGAAGAAUUGCGUCGUGAAGAAGGUAUCGAGGCACUUCUUGAAGCUUACACACGUUGUGUGUCCAUAAUGGGUGUUGAUUCGAAACCAGAAUCACUUCAUUAUCAAGUCAUUUCGAAUGUGACCAAGUGUUUUGAGGUUGCAUGCAAGUUUGAGAAUUGUAAGCAAAAGAUCAUUACACUACCCCAGCUUUUGUCGGAUGUCUGUCGAGUUGUGUAUUUCAAACACACACUGUCUGUUAGUCUUGUGACAAAUUUAGCAGCAAAUAAUUAUGAAUUGCAGUGCAAUUUGGUGCGCAAUGGUGUUCUAUGGUCAUUGCUUCUAUUCUGCUUUGAAUACGAUUACACUCUUGAUGAGAGUGGUGUUGAAGCUAGUGAUAAAACAAAUCAACAACAAGUUGCAAAUAAUUUGGCCAAAAUGGCUGUAUUGGCAUGUAUAGCUUUAGCUGGCUAUGGCCUAGAUGCUAUUGAACCUAGGAAGCAAAAUAGUACUGAACAGCAAUCGACACCACCUCCGCCGACAGCGACGACGACCACAUCAACAUCAACAGUGGUCGCAACUACAUCAAAAGCAUCAUCACCAUCGUCAUCGUACACACAAAAUGCUCAUAAUGUGAUUGCCUCUAAGCAAUUGACUCUAAAUGACCCAAGUACGUCAUCGUCAGCAAUUGCGAAACAAGAUUCAAUUGAUAAGAAAUCUUUGCAUGAAAACGAUGCUGGCUCACCGAUUGAAAGAGAAAAAGAGAAUGUUGUUAAUAAACAGAAAUAUGUGAUAAAUAGUGAGGCGAAGAAUGUUAUAGUUAAACAAAUACUCGAUAGGCUACUGACGGCUUAUAUUGCCAAUAAAUUGGCUAAAGAGAGAGCAAGUGAUGUUUUGAAAAUACUAACAUCAAAUACAAGAAACCCAUAUUUGAUAUGGGACAAUGGAACUCGAGCGCAACUUAUGGACUUUUUAGAACAACAGCGCACACAUUCUACUAAGGAAACUUAUGAGGAUAUUGCAGUGGUGCAUGAUGUAGCAAAAGAAUUUGAAUUUGAUGCUCACAAAAACGAGCUUCAAAUUGGUGGUGUCUUCAUUCGAAUCUACAAUGAAAUGCCAACUUAUCCUAUUAUCAAUCCAAAAUCCUUCAUCAUUGAUCUUCUGGAAUACCUAAAGCAAACAUUUAAAUUCCUGAAUGCCAUUAAAACCAAACAUAAUCCCCAAGUAAUAACCCACACUCUCGAUGGCAUUCUUCAACCAACUCUUGCCCCCAACCAUCCCCAACUGCAACAAGAAAAAAAAGGCACAACCAUCGAUGAUGUCCUCAACGCAUACAAUCGAUCAAAACAUCGCAAAAAGAUCGAAACCAAUACCAUCGAUGAACAAGCGCAAACCAAGUACAAAUAUAAUUUCGAAGAGGAUAAAAAUAUCGAAGCACAUACAAUAAUGGUUUUGCGAGCACUAAUAUCUGUGAUAAAAACCAAUGCCGAAGUAGAUAUCCAGUGUAUUGGUCAUUUUGAUAUGAUUUUUGGAUUUUUGGCUAAUAAUAUCUUUAGUGAUAACACUUUGGUGAAGACAGUUGCUCUAGAGGUUGUCGCUUUAGUCUCACGCAACAAAGAAUGUGUAAGUGAGAUUGCUGCUUGUGAAAUUCUAGGCAAUUUCUUAGUGGCACUUCGUGAUCCCGAUCUACGUGCAAGUCAAGUUAAAGUACUUGAAACUCUCUCUGGCCUUAUGAAUGUACAGGAAAUGAUUAAGGAAGCCCAAAAUAAAGGCGCCGUCAUCUACCUCCUUGAUAUGUUCUGCAAUUCAAGAAAUCCACAAAUUCGUGAACUUUGUGCUGAAAUAAUGUCAAAAAUGACUGCUGAUCGAUUAAGUGGACCAAAGGUUCGCAUAACAAUAUGUAAAUUCCUACCGCCACUUUUUGUUGAUGCAAUGAUCGAAUCACCACAAACUUCUGUCCAAUUGUUCGAAUCUAUUCAUGAACAUCCCGAACUGAUAUGGAAUGAUACAACUCGGAGUCGAGUUUGUGAUGCUGUCGGCGAUAUGUGUGGAGGAUUCUAUAAAUCUCAAAAAGUCAAUUCAAAGAUUCUUUGGAAGGAUCCAGAAAUUCUUAAAGACAUUGUUACAAAUGAAGUUGUUGUGGCUGGUGUUUAUUUGCGACUUUUUGUUAGUAAUCCUGCGUGGACACUGCGCAAACCAAAGCAAUUUUUAUCUGAUUUAUUAGAUUUUGUUGUUGAUCAAAUAAGUAAAAGCUCCUCAGAGAAAGACGUUCUUGAUCUCUCAACAACCGCCCUUGUUGAACUCCUACGAUCUCAACCCAAUUUAGCAGAUGAAAUUCCAGUUCUUGGCCAUAUACCAAAACUGUUUAAUUUGCUAACCGUUCAACCAAAAAAUACGUUAUCAGUAUUGCAUCAACUUUCAUUAUCAGAGUUCUGUGUGAGUGCAGUUUCUCAAACGGAAUGUAUACUGCCACUUAAAAAGUGCAUGGAAUACCACAGGGAUUGCAUUGAAAAGGCAUGCGAGACUUUAAGUCGCCUUUUCAAGUAUCAACAUGAUUCCUUAAUAAGUCAAUCAUUGGAAGUAAGUUUGAUUCCUUUCCUACUAACCCUACUCGAAAGCCGUUUAGAAUUUAUCGACAAUCCAUCGACUGUCAAAGCUCAAAUAGUCGCUGCACUAAAAGGGAUGACACAUAAUUUAAAUUACGGUGAUCGUGUUACACAACUUCUUCUAAAACAUCCUGUCUGGUCAGAGUUCAAAGAUCAACGUCAUGAUCUAUUUAUAACUGAUACUAAUGUCAGAGGCUAUCUGACAGGAAUAAAUCCAACAGCUGGGUACCUAACGCAAGGACCUACACAAAAUGUUGAAGUUCUAACAUCACCACCACCGAUGGAUCGCGAUGAUCCGUCAGCAAGGCCUUCUGAAUAAUAUUUAAAAAAAUAUGUUCCGUUAAAAACUGGAAUAGUUAGACAUAUAGAAUUUUUAUCUGAUAGUUUUGUUUCUAGAUAUUUAAGCGAUUGUCCGUAUAAAAUGAGGGUAAACAAACAAAAAUUUAUGAUUAUGAUGAACUUAUUAAAAAAAAAAAUCCCACUCGUAUUUAUAUAUAAACACAAAAUGAAAAAAAAAGA